CAGUGGGAUGCCGUGGAGGUUUUGUUUACUAACUUGCUCCUGGCAGCCAGGUUCUCUUCCUUGUAGCCUAGAGCUAACCUUCAUUCUUGCUGACAGCGGUGAUAGUAGAAAGUGUCAGCUGACAGCACUAUGUAUGUUAACUUCGGAGUUAGCAUACAAAUAACCGAGCUUAUUUAAUCCUUUUCGCGAUUCCUAGAUUCGAGACUUAGGGGUUAACCACAUGGUGGAAAUAGGUUUGUGUACGUGUAACGUUCAUUUUGGGACCAACUGGCGGAGAUUUGACAAAGAAAGUAAUCCCUCAAGAGUUUGUUUAGGUGUUGACCGGCUAGUCUUCGAGCUAGCUUUGUCCUGUAGCUAAACCAGUGGGCGUCUGAAUGGAGAGCUUCAAACUUACAUGCUUAAGUUUCGUGAUCGCUCUCUGGACCGGCUGCUUUUACUGAGGUAAAUGCCGUCUAAAUGGCAACAACGGAGCAGGGAAAUGGACUGGAACUUCAUGACAACACAGAGAAGCUGACGGACAGUAAUGGGAAGGGCAGUUCGAAUGGACUGGACCCAGGGGUAAACGGCUCCAUCCCCGAGGAGAGCCAGGUGGACAAGUAUGGGUUCACUGGAGGAGCCCAGCAGUCUGCCGGACAACUUGCGGAAGAAGUUCCCAUUGGGGUGUUGAGGCAACGAGAAGCUAAAUGGCUGGAGAUGCUGAACAGCUGGGACAAGUGGAUGUCCAAAAAACACAAUAAGGUAAAAGAGCGCUGUCAGAAGGGGAUCCCUCCAUCCUUACGGGGCCGAGCCUGGCUCUAUCUUACUGGGGCUAAAGUGAAAAGGGAGCAAAACAAGGGUCGGUUUGAGGAACUGGACAACCAGCCAGGAGAUCCUAAAUGGGUUGAUGUCAUUGAGAGGGACCUGCAUCGACAGUUUCCUUUCCAUGAAAUGUUCGCAGCCAGGGGAGGUCAUGGACAGCAGGAUUUGUUCCGCGUGCUGAAAGCUUACACUCUUCACCGACCUGAAGAAGGUUACUGCCAGGCUCAGGCUCCUGUUGCUGCAGUCCUUUUGAUGCAUAUGCCAGCUGAGGAUGCCUUUUGGGUUCUUGUCCAGAUCUGUGAGAAAUAUCUUCCUGGAUACUACAGCACAGGGCUGGAGGCGAUCCAGCUCGAUGGGGAGAUCCUGUAUGCUCUGCUGCGGCGGGUGUCUGUUGUGGCUCACCGCCACUUAAAGAAGCACAAACUGGAGCCGAUCCUGUAUAUGACUGAGUGGUUCAUGUGUGCCUUUUCCCGGACUCUACCCUGGUCCUCUGUGCUGCGGGUCUGGGACAUGUUCCUCUGUGAGGGAGUGAAGAUCCUCUUCAGAGUGGGCCUGGUUGUGCUGAAAUGCAUGUUAGGAACACAAGAAAAAGUGAAGUCCUGCCAAGGUUUAUAUGAGACAAUGGAGCUGUUGAAAAAGAUUAAUCCACAGUACAUGCGUGAAGGCUUCCUGGUGCAGGAGAUCAUAGAGCUACCAGUGUCUGAGAAGGACAUUGAGAAGGAACACCAAGCUCAGCUGCGGCGCUGGAAGGAGAAUCGCGGAGAUCUAAACUGCAAGUCCCCUCCCAGGAUGCAUGGCGCGAAAGCCAUAAUGACUGCCGAGCCGCCGAGUCGACAGGAGCUGAGACAGAGACCUACCAUCAUUGUUGAGUCUCCUUUGGCAUCAAAAACAGAUGUGAUGCCAGAAGACAAAGAAAAGGGACGGAUAAAAACUACAAAGGAAAACGGGCAAACAACCGUCUUCCCUACAGAGGAGAUCGUUAAUCCCAGUGAUCCAUCCCCAGCCCUUGAACACACGACCAUCCAGGGGUCCAAAGAGAGUCUGAGCAGUGCUGAGCAGGACACAUACCUUUAACAAGGCAAGUUUGCCCCAGUUUAGAACAUGAAUCACAUCACAUUGCUCUGUUUUUAGCAUCAAUACUCAGACUUCUGUCACAGUUUUUAGGGAAUCUGUACAGCAGCAGAAGAUGUUUUCUACCUUUUUUUUUUUUGCCACGAAGCCACUUCUUAGGUGUUAGACUCCUAUUUGGACUGUUUCACCUGACCAAACAGGAAACUCCUUAAAUCACCAAAAUCUCAGACACGUAGUUUCCUGGGAUUUUGCAGGAACAUCAGCGGAUUUAAAUACACCAGUAUUUUCUUCUGAAUCUAAAUAUUGCUGUCCAUGUCAGCAUUGGAAACAAGGUCUUAGUCUAUAUGGGCAAUAAUUUUGAAAUCGGUGUAAGUAAUGGGCAAUUCAUAAUAAUAGCUAUUAUUUCAUUCUAGAUUAAAUUCUAGAUUGAUUGCAGGAUAUUUUCUAGAACAACUACGCUUUUUUAUUAUUCUGUUUUGCCCAGAUUAGUCACUACAUUACCAAUGUCUAAGCUAUUCACACUAACGGACAAACAGUUUCCUGAUUGUCUGCUUGACACAUUUUACUGACCCAUGUGUUGGUUCUAUAAAUCUGUCAUUGCUCUCCUUGUCCACACGGGGGCGUCCUGACGCUACUUUUGGAACAAGGGGGCAUCUUGGUUGAUAUGCCAAAGAUUUAUUGUUCAUAUUUUUAAAAUAUGUAAUGUCAGAUAUUUGAGAAGAGGGUUUGGGUGUUUCCAAUGAGUUAAUAUUUAUGUGUUAAAAAGAGAUAAAUGUAUGAGAGAGUUGAGCUUCUUAAGGUGUGUCAUUUCUACAAUUUAAAAUCAUACUUUUUACUUUAAAACUAGAAAUUAGAAACUGUUUUCAAAAUGAACUGUUAAAUGUAAUCUACAGCAGUAAUUUCAUAAUUAAACUUGGGAGCCAUACAACUUUGAUAAUCAGCUACAUGAAAGUGUUGUUUCUUAUUAUCAUCAUUAUGGAAUAUUAAUGUGAUGUCUGUGAAGGAAAUUAAUUGGAAUGAGGUUUUGUACAAUCAACAUUUCGCAGUCCAAGAAGCUGCUUUCUUUGAUCUGCUUUUUAAUGGCUGAAAUUAUAUUAUAAAAGUGGCUAAGGGUAUGUAUUGAUUUUAAACAUAUAUGAAAAGUUAAUACUGAGUGUUUUAUUUUCAGUUUUUUUUUAAGGCUAAUUUUUUCAAGAAAAAGUUAAGCUUUUUGUAUAAAUUUAUCAGAUUUUGUGUCCUUAUUCCUAUCCAGAACAGAGCUAACAUUGCUGGUUUUGUUUCUCUGCUGGAUUCCAGCAUAAAGCUUACAUUAUAUCAUUAAACGUCAUCAUUCUAGAAAUAAAUUAUUUAUUUAAAAAAUA